AUGCUGUCCACUCCUGCUGACCUCCAGACCUUUGGAUCUCCGGACCUUUGGAUCUCCGGACAUCUUACCCUUCGGAUAUCAAAACCUUUGGACAUUAUGGCGCAACCUUCAGACAUCCUGUCCUCUGGACCACUCCUCCUAUCUGAUCCUGCUUUGGACUCUGUCCCUUGCAGUCUCUCCUCCAUGUGCUUCCAUCCAGGAAGCUUACCUUCAGAAGUCUUAUCUUCGGACCCUAUGCAGCAGGUUCCUGUGCUCAUCCAGAAGUCCUCCAGCACUCCAUCAGAGUAG